AGUUAUCAGUUGACUUUUAAGCCCCAAUCUCUUCUCGAUUACUGAAGUUUCAGAGAUCUCCCCUCUUCCAAGCAUUCGUUGUUUCGCCUUGAUCGCCAUGACCUCCAUCGCCAUCGGGAUAUCGGAAAUCCUUAAAGGGAUAUGGGGUGCAGCUUCGACCUACCUCGCCAGGCCUCGAUCUCGCGUCGAAAACUUGCACAGAGACGCGGAGCUAUUGAAUGCCAAACUAGUCGACUUCAACGGGGCCAUUGAGCGCAACGGGCAAACCGUCACCGAAGAAACUCGACUGUGGAAGCUCCGGGCCGAGACGUUUCUAUCUACGGAGGUCGACGCCAUCCAACGGGACUACAGAGCGAUGCGGUGCCUCGGGGGCUGGUCGUGGAAUUGCGUCUCCAUCAACCGGAGAGUCACCAAGAAGCUGGAAGAGGUGAAGGAGUUGAUUAGCCAAGUGGAUGUUUCUAAGGUUGCCACGACGCCGCCGCCGCCUGCCAUGAAGCUUUCCAUUUCAAAUAAUGUCGUCGGGAUGCAAUCGAAUCUGAUCCAGAUUGUGAAACAGAUUAGGGAUGAAAAUGCCAGUGUUAUAGGCAUCUACGGCAUGGGGGGUAUAGGAAAGACGACGCUUUUGAAGCUCAUCAACAACCAUGAAGAGAUUUCAAAACUCAUGUUUGAGCAUGUCGUAUGGAUUGUGGCCUCCAAGGGAUGCAAAUUGCAAAAGCUUCAAAUGGACCUGGCUAAGAAAGUAGGACUGAAUCUUAAAGAUGAAGAGAGUGAAGACGAUCGUGCUUCUAAGCUCUGCGACUUUUUAAAGGAAAAAAAUUGCUUGUUGUUUCUUGAUGAUAUUUGGGAAUUAUAUGAUCUUAAUAUGUUGGGGAUGGAACAAGUACAAGUUGAGCAUGGCAAGGAGCAGAAGCGCAAGGUGGUAGUUUUCACGACACGCAGCGAGCAAGUAUGCACUGAAAUGAGGGUUAACAUGAAGAAAAAAGUGAAAGGCUUGACAUUUGAUCAAGCAUGGGAGCUCUUUCUAAAGUAUGCAGGUGAAGAUGUAAUCAACUCAGAGUUGGCAAUUAAUCGACUAGCAAAAGAAGUUGCUAAAGAGUGUACUGGUGUGCCCCUUGCUCUCAUCACUGUCGGCAGAGCCAUGUCUGCAAAGAGGUCAUGGGAAGUUUGGAAUGAUGCCCUUACGCAGCUAAAGCUAUCACAGAUGCCAAAAGUCACGGGUAUGAGAGAACGAGAUCCUAUGUUUGCUGCCUUUAAACUUAGCUAUGAUAGCUUGGAAGAUGACAACAUGAGAGCCCGCUUGUUGUGCUGCUCUUUGUGGCCUGAAGAUUUCGAAAUUGACAAAGUCGAAUUAAUACAAUGUUGGAUAGGCCUUGGCCUGAUUGAUGAAUUUGACUCAAUCAAUAGGGCAUUCCACAGAGGGCAUUCCCAUAUCGAGACUCUUACAAAUGCAUGCUUGUUAGAGCUUGUUGAAGAGGUACGCAACAAGCUUAUCGAAGAGGUACACCCAACAAAGAUCAAGAUGCAUGAUGUGAUCCGGGACAUGGCUUUAUGGAUAGCCUCGGAUUGUGAAUCCAAUCAACGUAAAUGGAUUGUUAUAUCACAGGCUGGAUUGAGACAGUUGGAACUAAAGAACGAGGAAUGGCAAGUGGUAGAACGAGCAUCAUUCAUGCAUAACAAAUUAACUUAUUUACCAAGGCAGACUGCAACUUUUCCCAAACUUUCAGUGCUUAUGCUCCAACAGAAUAAAUUUCUAGACUUUAUUCCUAAGUCAUUUUUCUUGUCUUUACCAGUUUUGACAUUCUUGGAUCUCUCCUAUACAAUGAUCAGAGAACUUCCAAGGGAAAUCAACAUGUUAUCUGAACUCCAACAUUUAAACUUGAGUUUCACCAAAGUCGAAGCGCUGCCAAUAGAGUUGAGUAGUCUUGCCAAAUUGAAAUACUUGCUUCUGGAAAGAACUUGGAGUCUUGCCCAAGUACCCAAGGGAACAAUAUCCAACUUACCUUUGCUCAAAUUGUUGGAUCUAUACAAGAGCAAGUACACUGACUUGGGUGAGCUAGAGGGAUUCCAAGGAUGUCGGAAAAACAUUGGAAUUACCCUUCACUCAAUGAUAGACCUUGAACGGUUGGGUUCUCUAUCACAAUUAUCUAUAUGGAAACUCCAACUACGAGACAUGAGAGACUUGGCUUAUCCAAGUCAACUAUUUGAGAACAUCAUGAGGAGCCACAAUACAAGGCUGGGCCUUGAACGACUAGAUAUUGUAAAUGUCACGACAGGUGGUAAAUUAGCAGUUGCUCAGAGCAACAAGGAUCAUCAAGAAGGCCUUGAAUGUUUGAGGUAUAUGACGCUUAUAACUAUCGACGAUUUACUAGAAAUCACUUGGAAAGAAGUCCAGCCUCAAAUGGUUUUUCCUAAUCUUCACGAAUUGACCAUUAAUAAUUGCAAAAUGUUGAGAAAUAUCACCGGCGUGUUUCAGCUACCAAACCUCAGUAUCUUAAGAGUAUCAAAUUGUGGUGAGAUGGAAGAAUUGAUAAGUUGUGUUGGAAGUUCAGUAAACUCUGGCAUUGGCUUACGCUCACUAUUUUUGUAUGGAUUGCCUAAAUUGAAUUGCAUCUCACGGCAGCUACUAACCUUCCCUUACUUGGAGCGGAUAAAUGUAUUCUUUUGCCCAGAACUCAGAAAGCUACCGUUUGGAGCUGAAAUCUGUCAGAAUAAAUUGAAAGGUAUUGUUGGUGAAGUGGAUUGGUGGGAAAAUAUCCAGUGGAAAGAUAUCAAUGACAAGAAUUCCCUCGCCCCCUAUUUCAAAUUUGUUUAUUGAUCGGGAGGGGCCCGGGAGAAAGGAAGGACCUUUUAUACUAAAUUCCGGGUAGGGUAACACGUGGCUGUGCACUUGGGCCCGAUGCCGGCGGUCGUCAAGCUGCGGAGCGCGGUCUACCUGUCGAGGAACAAGUUCUCCGGAGAGACACCCGACGGAGCCUUCGAGGGCAUGAGCUGGCUCAAGAAGCUCUACCUCGCCGACAACGGCUUCUCGGGGCCGAUGCCCAAAUCCCUCGCCUGCCUGCUGAAGCUUCUCGAACUCCAGCUAGAUAACAAUCGCUUCAGGGGCUCGAUUCCGAUCAUCCAAUCGUGGAGCGCAAAGCUCGUAAAUCUGUCGAACAAUCACUUGGAACUUGGAAGGGCCGAUUCCGGCUGGCCUUAGAAGCCUGGACGCCGCUCUGUUUGUGCAAGAAGGAAGAGGACCGAAUUGAAAAAAGAAAAUUGCAUUUCGUACCUUCCUCUACUUUUAUUUUUAUUAUUAUUAUUAUUUUUUAUUUCAACUCUCAUAGUUCAGAAUAUUAUGUAUUGUA